GUCCCCGGCCGCAGGGUGGGCACCUGGCGGAGCCCUGCCCGGAGCUCGGGCCCAGUGGGGCCGCCCGCCCUCGGCAUGGCCUCCGGCGCCGCGGGGAGCGCGGGCCCCGACCCCCUCAUGGUCCUGCUGGUGAUCAUCUUGCUGGCGCGCUUCCUCCUGUGGUCCUGCCUCGGGAGGUACAUCGAGUACAGGCUGGCCCGGCGGCACCAGCCCCCCAAACCCAAGGAGGACUAGGGCCUCUCCGAACGCUGGGCACGUCCCCUCCGGAGGGCGCUGUCCCCGAGAUGCCAGACCCUGAGUCCGAAGGGGCCGGGGGCCGUGGAGCAGGGCCGGCAAAGGACCCCGGUGCCCCACCCACGGCAGAGCGGACGAUGGCCCACCUAGACGGAGCGGGGCUGCCCCGAUCACGCCCUCCAUCCCACGCCCACGCUGGGGGGUAGGGGGGCCCCCGCUGCCCGCCUGCCACGGCCCAGGCCCCCUGGUGGAGUGAGUGACCCGGGGUAGGUCUCGCUUUAGGACGUCCUGUGCUUCCAAUUCUUUGUGAACGUGUUUGCAGAAGGAGGUGGGGGUGAACCAGAGGGGUUGGGUGGGGGGCACAAGAGCAGAUGUGACCACACCACAGCCAGCCCGCCACCAAGAGUCACCCCCCGUCUCCGUCACCUCCUGCCCCCCUGCCCGAGGGAUGAGCAAGUGCAGGCAGCUGCCUCGGUUCCCCCAACAGAGCCCUGGGAAGAGGUUUACUUGGGGCGGGAGAACCUGACGGUGGAGCCGUGAGGCUGGCGGGAAGGGAAGUGGGGGCAGAGGAAGAUUGAGACUGACCUUCCAGGACACACCGCACAGUCUGUCCCUCCCACG